GUCAUCUGUCUGCGGCGGCAGGUCGUGACCAUGGUGCUGAAACAGUGUCAUUCGCGACUUAAGCUCUUUGUCUUGAACCACCCGGAUAAGAAGUGGCGUGAGCCCUCUGCUUUUAACCGGGACACAGCGGGCGGCUGUCCCGCCACCGUGUCGACUGUGACGGCCGUGAACACAUCACGGAGUCUCCACGGUUUCGCUCCGGCAGCUCGGAGCGGCUGUGAGGAGGAGCCGCGGGGAGAGAGGGGAGCUGCAGGACCGAGGAUCUCACAUGUUUCUGCCGGGACACACAUGUCUGUGAGAGAGCUGAGCACCUCUGUCAGAACCUUUCAGUACGAUCUGAAACCAGACGUACCUAACUCUGAAGGCCGGAAGCUGUUUUUUGACACACAUGCGGUCGUACGACUCUUUGAAGAGAAUGGUUUCACAACUCAGCAAGCUGAGGUGAUGGUGAAAGUGCUGGUGAGGAUGACCAACUCUAACAUGGAUGUCAUCUAUAACGACAUGGUCACCAAAGUGCAGCAGGAAAUAAUGCUGCAGCGUGUGAUGUCUCAGAUUGCAUCUGUGAAGAAGGACAUGAUCAUUCUUGAGAAAAGCGAGUUUUCCACUUUACUGGCAGAGAACGAGAAACUCAAGAUCCAGUUACUGCAGCUGAAGGUCGGACUGGCUGACGUCAUGAAUAAAGUUCGCUCAGAUGCUAUUUUGGACAUGAAUUUGGAGAAAAGCCGUGUUAAGGAACUGGUAAGUGUUCAAAUUAUGUUUAAAUUAAUGUUUGCAAAUCUGUUGAUAGCACUUUUAGCUAUCUAGUAGUCAUUUAUGAUAAUCAUUACCUCAACUUUAAGAAUUAAAAG